AUGCCGCUUGCCGCAGUCGGCGUGCCAAGUACGCCCGCGAACGCCUUCGAGACGCACGUCGGCCACUUCUGGGGCAUCCAGAGCACGCGCCCGUACAUGCGCGCCAAGCUGGAGGUGAUCCGCACGCUGUCCACCAUCGCCUCGCGCUCGGCCAUUGAGGCGGCGCUGACCGAGGCGCAGGACUGCAUGCGGCUGUGCCGCUCCGACAACCUCGGCAUCCGUGAGGUCAUCCCGACGCUCCUGCUGCUGCUGGACCGGUACCAGGAGGCCUACGACUUUAUCAAGUGGUACGUCACGAGCGGAGAUGACCCGCACUACGACUGGGGCAACAUGGACCUGCCCUUCCUGAACGUGCACGGUGCCGACAUGACGGAGAAGCUGCCGAGCUCCAUGCAGAGAGGCCGCAACGUGUUAUUCUCGAGCUCGCUUGUGUACAUCAAGAUGAUGCUGGCCAAGGCCGUCAAGGACGCCAUCAACGCGCACGAGCUGGCGGAUCGCGCAUCGCUCCCUGCGUGCGUGACUGACUCGCUGGGGGCUUUCUUGGCGCCAAACGGACACACUCGAAGCCUCGCCGACCUCAAGAAGCUCCACAAGAAGCUCACGAGUCAGAUGCACGAGGCGUUCUCACUGUCGCAGUUCCAGAACCAGCACUUCUGGUACGCGCUGUUGGACCCGACGCCUAUUGUUCAGGCGCCCAAGCCGCCCCACUACGAGCCGGGUGAUGCGAACCAGGUCAAGCUGUGGGUGCUGCAGAACGCCAUGUUGUGGCGUGAUCACCACGAGUUUAUCCGCGAAAACCGUAGCGAGUACCCUGACUUCCUGCCGGAGAUGCCUCACCGUGGCCCCAAGCUUAUGCACAACUUCCCGUAG